ACCCCAUCCCCCUGUGUCCCUUGUGGGGACAUCUCCUGUCCCAUAUGCCCCCAAGUUGUCACUGAUCCUAUCCUCCCACAUGUCCCGGUCCCUUGCACAUGCCACAUCCCCUGUCCCCUCCCUGUCCCUUGCAGGGCUGAUCCUGUCCCCAUCCCUCCUCUGUCCCUGCUGCUGGGACGGGUCCUGUCGCCCCGCAUGGCUCCUGUUGUCCCCGGGGCUGGCCCUGUCCCUCCGUGCCAUUCCUGUCACCGCCGUGGCCCCGGUGUGGCCCCGAGCCGGUGCCGUGUCCCCGCGGGGGCGUGGCCUGUGGAAAAUGGGUGUGGUUAAUACAAAUGGGUGUGGCAUAUUAAAAGGGUGUGGCCGAUACGAAUGGGGCGUGGCCUGCGCUGGUAGCGCCGCACCCGCCUUCCGGGUCGGGACCGGCCGAGCGGAGCCGAACCGGGACGGGCCGGGCCCACCGGGAGCAGCCGAGCUCCAGCGGGCAGAGCAAAGCAGAGCGGACCGAACCGGGCCGAGCAGGACCCGACCGGGCUGAGCCGAACCCGACCGGGCUGAGCCGAACCCGACGGGGCCGGGAGUAGCCGAAGGCGCUCGGGAGUAGCCGGGAGCAGCCGAACCCGUUCGGAGCGAGUCGAGCGGAGCAGCCGAACCCAGUCGGACCGAGCCGAGCGGAGCCGGGAGCAGCCGAACCCGUUCGGAGCGAGCCGAGCGGAGCAGCCGAACCCGCUCGGGCCGGUUCCGUCGCGGGCCAUGGGGCAGAUCGAGUGGGCCAUGUGGGCGAACGAGCAGGCGCUGGCCGCCGGGCUCAUCCUGCUGACGGGCGGCAUCGUGGCCGUGGCGGGGCAGUUCAAGGGCUGGUACUUCGCGGCGUAUUCCAUCGCUGCAGGCGUCCUGGUGUGCCUGCUCGAGUAUCCCAGGAGCAAACGGAAAAGGGGCUCCACCAUGGAGAGGUGUGGCCAGAAGUACCUGACAGCCGUGGUGAAGCUCCUGGGGCCCCUCACCAGGAAUUAUUACAUCCGAGCCGUCCUCCACGCUGCCCUGGCUGUCCCUGCUGGAUUCCUCCUCUCCACCAUCCUGGGCACCGUCUGCCUGGGCAUUGCCAGUGGCAUCUACCUGCUGGCUGCAGUCCGAGGGGAGGAGUGGAGACCCAUCGAGCAGAAGCCCCGGGAGAGGCCCCAAGGGGGGGGCACCAUGAAGCUGCCCCCCAGCAACCCCCCGCCCCGGCCGCCCCCCGACGCCCGCAGGAAGCAGCCGGAGGUGGGGGGGCAGGUGAACCCCAUCCCUGUGGAGGUGGAAUAAUGGGGGAUCCCCCUGCCCUGCCCUGCUCCUGCUCCUGCUCCCCAGCUGCUCCUGGACCCACUGCAGCCCAUCCAUUGGGCCCCUGGGGGUCCCCAAAACCCCGGCACUCUGAGCCCCUUGCUGGGGGUCCCCAGCCCCUGGUGAUGCUCAGAGGCCCCCAGGGGGAUCAUCAGAGCCCCAGUGAUGCUCUGGGGUCCCCAGCUCUCAUGGGGGUUCCCAAAUCCCCAGCAGUACUCAGCUCCUUGUAGGAUCUCCAUCCCCUGGGGAUCCCCAAAUCCCCUAAGAUGCUCAGCUUGUAGGAUCUCCAUCUCCCUGUAGGAUCAUCUGCUGAGGAUCCCCAAAUCCCCAGCAAUGCCCAGCUCCUUGUAGGAUCUCCAUCUCCCUGUAGGAUCUCCUGGGGAUCCCCAAAUCCCCUAAGUUGCUCAGCUCCUUGUAGGAUCUCCAGCUCCUGGGGAUCCCCAAAUCCCCAGCAAUGCCCAGCUCCUUGUAGGAUCUCCAUCUCCCUGUAGGAUCUCCAUCCUCCGGGGAUCCCCAAAUCCUCUAAGAUGCUCAGCUCCCAAAUCCCCUAAGACAUUCAGCUCCCAAAUUCCCAGCAAUGUGAUGAUCCCUGUGGGGUUCCCAGCCCUCGGUGGCUUCCCAGCUGCUGGAGAUGCCCAAAUCCCUGGGCCUGCUCAACUCCCUAUGGGGUCUCCAGCUCCCAGGAACUCCCCAGCUCCUGGAGCUCCCCAAAUCCCAAGAAUGUUCAGCUUCCUGUGGGGUCUGCAGCCCCCGAGGUCUUCCCAGUUCCUAAGGAUCCCCUAAAUCCUUGGGCAUUCUCAGCUCCCUGUGAGUCUCCUGCUUCCAGGGGCUCCUCAGCUCCUGGGAAACCCCAAAUCCCUGGGCAUGCUCAGCUCCCUGAGGGUCCCAGCUCUCCAAGCACCCCCCAGUUCCCUGGGGGAUCCCCAAAUCCCUGUGGAACUGCAGCUCUCAGGGAAUUCCCAGUUCCCAGGGGGAUCAGGCAGCUCUGCUCCUGCUCUCCCUGGUUUUUGUCAUUUCUGCCGUUGCUGUUGCAAUAAAAAGUGGGAAAGGCC